AUGUCACUCGCCGAGGAGCUCAUGGCUGAUUUUGAGGAGGAUGAUGCUGAUGAUAUUGAACAAGCCAUAGAAGUAGUGAACGGCGAAGAAGACAUAGAAGAAGCAUCUGAAUUCGCGCCUGUAAAGAGCGACUACAAUUCUGUGUAUGACGUCGCAAAGAUGACGUUAACAGAUGAGUACCGUGAGCUGAUAUCAACAUUAAAUUCCGAAUUGGAACGUACAGACGAGGUUCAUGUUACUGCCCCUCUCGAAUCCGAUCCACAGUAUCGUUUAAUCGUACGACUUUCUCAUCUUGCUGCAGAUUUGGACGGCGAAAUAAAUGUUAUUCACAAGUUUGUUCGUGACAAGUAUGAGAAACGUUUUCCCGAGUUGGAAACGUUGGUGCCAAACCCUCUCGAAUACUUAGCUGCAGUGAAACUUCUUGGAAAUGAGAUUAAUACAAAGGGGCAAAACAAGGCAAAAGUUCAGGAAUUACUUGGUCAAAUUCUCGCGCCAGCCACAUGUAUCGUUGUAUCUGUAACUGCUUCAACAACACAAGGCAAAUCUUUGGAAGCAGAUGAAUUGCAUGCUGUGAGGGAAGCUUGUGACCUAGCUGAAAAGUUGCAUACGGACCGGAUAUCCAUGUACCGUCUUGUCGAGCUCCGAAUGGCGUUAAUUGCUCCAAAUCUUGUCCAUUUACUUGGGGCAGCAACCACCGCACUCUUGGUUUCUCAAGCAGGAGGCCUAGCACCAUUGUCGCGGAUGCCAGCUUGCAAUAUUCAAGUAUUAGGCCGACAAAAGAAGUCCUUGGCUGGGUUCUCUUCUACAACCGCGCUUCCUCAUGCUGGAUUUGUGUACUUCCAUCCUCUUGUUCAAUCAAUGCCACCUGAUCUAAAGUCAAAAGCGGCUAAAAUUCUUGCUUCAAAAUGUACGCUCGCGGCUCGAGUGGACUCACUUCACGAGUCUCCAAACGGAGCUAUUGGAAUCGCCCUGCUUGAAGAGGUACGCAACAAGAUGGAAAAACUCAUGGAACCUCCACCAGUAAAGGCUAACAAGGCUCUACCAAAGCCGCUGGAUAAAGCUAGCAAAAAAAGAGGAGGACGACGUGUUCGUAAAAUGAAAGAAAGAAUGGGGAUGACCGAUUUGCGCAAGAGCGCUAACCGUAUGAAUUUUGGAGAGUUACAGGAGGAUGUACUACAGGAUCAUAUGGGUUUCGAUUUGGGACAGGUGAAGACGGGUAACAUUGCUGGUGGUCGUAUCAGAGCCGGAGUUGUGGACAACAAAACACGAGUGAAGAUGUCACAGAAAAUGCAACGACAGAUGGAACGGCAACGAGCGCAAGGGGGCGUCACGAGUAUUCGCAGUAGGACUGCGGGUACAGCAUCAUCUGUGACAUUUACACCGGUUCAAGGCCUCGAGAUUAUCAAUCCGACUGCUCUCGAAAAAACUGUCAACUCAUCUUCGACUUAUUUUUCUCCUUCAGCUUCUUUUGUAAAAAUCGCCACGCCGAAUGCGAAAUGA